AUGUUCAGAAUUCUUCUGCCAGUCGCAGUCAAAGCUGGAAGCAGAGACGUUGAGAUAAUGCGUGGUUACGAGAGUGUUCGGGUGCCGACUAACCACUUGAAACCAAGUAAUUAUGAGCGACUUUGUUGGCAUCUGGAGUCUAUAGCAUUCCAUGCUUCACUCCUUUGGUCACGUUGGCUGUGGUUUCUGACUCCAGUGAACAUUAGUCGCAUGGGUUUCGCGGUGAUCGUGAUUGCUGUUCUUCGGCAAGCGAUUAUGCGUGAUGCUGUGCCGAUGGGUGGAUUAGUGCGAUAUGAGACUAGCAUGGAUUCGAUUCAAGUGAUGGACUCACGACUUGCGCAGUUUGAAAAGCGGCAGGCAAUGUGGCAGCUUGUUUACGAAGAGAAAAUACAGGAGAUGGAGAAGUCAUUGCGCGCAUCAAUCUCAGCGAUACGUGAGGAGGUUCAGAAAGCAGUUGCUGAACUGCAUUCUGAAGUUGACAAACGCCAGACUGAACAUGAAAAUGAGGCAGCAGUAAUGACAGAGGAGCUGUCAUCACUACAAAAACAAAUGUCUGACAGCCUGAAUGCAGUGGAAAACCGUUUGUCCAAUCAGCUGGCCGAGUUAGAAACUAAAAUCAAAGUCGCGAGAGAGCAUAUGCGAACGCUGAGUACCAGAAACUCUUCGAAGUCUAAUAAUGGGACUAGCACUAAUACCGCAAUGAGGAGGCAUGCUGUGAAUUUGGCCAGCAGAUCACAUGGUGCGACUAUAGUAAAAGAGUUGACUUCGAAAGCAAGUUCUUCCAAAUCAUUGUUACUGAAUUUGGUCGAUACUAUUUUCCCACUGGAAACAUAUAAUUUUGCUAUCACGGAACGCACUCACAUCACACCUUCGGAAGCUUAUUGUUUUGAUGGUUCAAAAGGAACGCUAACGAUCCGACUUUGGGCUAAUGCUACAGUGGAAGCUGUCGAGUACGAACAUGACUACUGGCGUGACGUCGUCCCUAUCAGUGCACCGGAUCGGUAUGAUGUUAUGGCUUGCCUGGACCAUGAUUGCCAUAAGAAAGCUGUGCUGGGUAAAUGUCGUUAUCCAGUUGAUGAAAAAGCUGGUCCUGCACAGUCUUGUGAAAUGCAGAAUCGAUCAGUGUCAACGGAUCAGGUGCAAAUCGUCUUUCGCACAAAUCACGGUCAGCAGUACACUUGUGUCUAUCUUUUGAGAGUUUUGAGCUGGAAGUGAGAUCUGCUGCCUUUUUCACGACUGUUUCAUGCUCGUUGUAUUGCCAAGACCUCCCCUUACAGAUGUGUUAUUGAAGAUUUUCAUUCGAUUUGCAUAUACAUCAGGAACAGGGCUCGGCACAGGGUAUUGGGUCAAGCUGGGUAUCGUUUUUUGGUACAAAAGCGAAAGGGAUAUUGUUUUUAUGGCCG